AUGGAUUCCAGCAGCAAGGUCCGCACAUUACACUGAGAUCGCAGUUUAAUGUAUUGUAUUCCCAAGCAACAAUAAAAGGGAGCAUGUGGUAGCCAUUUCUGUUUGCCAGAUGUAGAUAGGAUCUUGCAAAAUGAUUUGUCUCCAGUGCACUUCAAAGAAACAUCCUGACCCUUUAUCACUACCAUUUAUUCUCUUCCUGCUUUGAUCUGUGUAAACUAAUUUAAACUAGUUUCUUUUCACAUUUCACAAGAUUUCUUACUCUGUAAACCAGCCAAAUAUCAAGCAGGAAAAAAGUGGUUUGUUUGUUUGUUUGUUUGUUUGUUUGUAAUGUGGGUUGGUUUUUUUGUAAACACAUCAUAGCAAUUUGAGGAUCUUCAGCUUAGAACAUGCUUAUUAAUGCAGCAGUUACUCAGGAAUAAUAGCUCCAGUGAUCACUUCAGUUUGUUUGUUUAUAUUUGUUUAUAUGAUCAGGAUAUAAAUCCAAGUACUGUACAGGGUAAAAAAAAGGAUGCAAUUCAAAGUUCUCUGCAAGCAUGGUAAACUGAAAGUGAUCUAAUACACACACAAGUAAUUAUAUGAGAAUUCGUUUCAUGACACUCAUAUAAAGUUCCCUGUAGAAGUAUUUGCUUCCUCUUACUUGGACACAAAAUAAAGAAUAAUGGAAAGGUUUUUUUUAUCAUAGCAGAAACAGUCUGCUGUACUUUGACUUUUUUUCCAGUGAAUGCGGGUGUAUGGUAAUAUUUAUUUAUACAUACAUACAUACAUACAUACCCCACCCACUCUGGGCGGCUCCCAACAGAAUAUUAAUAAAAAAGCGACAACAUCAAACAUUAAAAACUUCCCUAAACAGGGCUGCCUUCAGCCCUAUCUUAAAGUCAGAUAGUUGUUUUUAUAUUGUUAAAUCCAGACUUGGUGACAGUGGAAAUCCACUAACUGAACAACUCUGUUGGAGGAAAAGUGGGGAGGCCAUAUUUGCCAAUUUCCCUACAGCCCCCAAUGCCCAACUAAAACCUGCUACAGAGGGUUGUGGGGAGGCCAUACCAGAGGGUUGCACGAGGCACUGGCAAAAAAUCACCUUGUCUCAUUAUGUCCAACCCAUAAGAAUUUUUCUUCAAGUGGUCUUUUGUGCAAUCACAAUUCUUGUAUCAUCAUCCGUGCACACUACACCUUACCCAUCAGAAGGCCUUGGAAUUCUAGUUCAAACCAUGGGCACAGAUGCCUUGGGGAACUACAUUUCACAAAUACCUGCUGCCUCGGUUCAUCCUAAGUCCUGGAGAGGGAGGCCUCAUAAAGAGGCUUCCAAAAAGAUGUUCCUUCUCACUACCAGGCUGAAUCUAUGUUCAAUCUAGAAAGAUCAUAACUUGGUGGUAGACCACAUGCUAUGCAUACUGAAAGGCGCAGAUUCAAUCCCUGGCAUCUUCAAUAAAAGGAAUAAGGUAGCAGAUAACAGGGAAGACUCCUGCCUGAUACUGUGGAGAUAAACCACCGGUCAGAUGAAACAGUAAUGGAAUAGAUGGACAAGCAGUCUAAGCUGGCUUAUCACAACUUUCCUACAUUGCACUUAGGUUCAGAAUUGUACUUAUUUACUAGAUGUAAAUAACUCCUUUUCAACCGGAGUCCUCAGAACAGCUUACAACUUUUAUGAAAUGCAAAUUGAUAUGUAAAAAGCCAAACAAAAUGAGUGUGUCUGGAGCAGGCAUCUGGUGUCUGUCUCCUCCUUGUAUCUUCUCACAGGGCAGUUAGUAAUAGGUGGCCUGGAAGGCAGGGAGGCCGCCUGCAGCAGGAACCCCAUCUUCCCCUGCCUCCCAACAGAGAAGCUGGCAUUAGGACUUAGAUGUAGAUCUUCUGCUAUGCUGGGCCCUAGCCUCUCUGUCUUCAGCAAUUUUUCAGAACAUAUGCAAGUAUAAUAAUUACCUGAAAAUCACAAUUGUUGGAUCAUCAUCAGUGUCCAGAGUCUACUCAAUAUUACUUCAUAUUGAAUCUCAACUCAUGUAUACUUCCGGGGGGGGGGGCAGACAGGCUAUAACUAAUAUUUGGCUUAUCAGUAGGAUUGUACCUAUUAAUAUCUUUACAGACUGGCUAUAGUAGUGUCUUUUUUUACAUUUAAUAGAAUAAGUAUCCUGAUGUUGUAGUACUUCCCGAAGGAUCAUCUGGAGAUUACAUGAUCUUAAGAAGUGCUAACCUUCCUGGGUAAGGAAGCUUUAUGAUACACAUUAAUGAAAGUUGUUGAUGAAUGGUCAUAGUUAUAAAUUAUAAGUGGAAUUUAUUUAUUCUGUUUACAGCCUUUCCUUCCUUCCAAAGGAGGCCAAGGCAGCAACUGCAUAGAAACUGACAUAAUGGAAAAGUGGUGGUAGUUUUUCAAAGGUUCACAGUAUUGAAACAUGAUGACACAAUUUGCUGUAUUUGAAAUUGAUGGCAAUAGAAAUAUUAUUGAUUGAGCAGGAACACAUAUUUUAGCAGGGAAAAUUUCUCAAAAUAAAAUCUCUUUAGAAUCUGCAAAAUGCAUUUCUUCAAAAUGCAGAAUAAGGUGAGUUUCAUAAUUUUACCUGCUUCAACAUUUGAAAGUAAAUUAAUGAUUUGGUUCAUAGUCUUCGCUAAAAAGAUGUUGAAAUCCUCAAAGUGGAUUUACAAUUUCUAGCAUUUCUUAUAAAGGCCUCAAGGCCAUGAUAAAAGUCUAGUACCAGAAAGUACGCACCCUUCAUUAUUUUGUUUGACAACUCAGUCAUUGUAAGUGCCCUUCCAUAUUCCAUAUUGCACUUCUCCUAUGAGCCAACCUUCCUUUACAUGAAUAAAUUGCAAUAGGUAGAUAAGUCUUGGAACAGGAAAUUGCUUUCAUUGCAACUGACCUUGCCCAGCAUUAAUGUGCCUUAGCAGGAUAUGGCUGAGGUGGUAGUCCUGGUGUACAAAAGUGUGUUUAGCAACUACACAAUUGGUACCAGGCACGUCUCUUGAAGGGGUAACUGUAGAGUUUUCCUGCCUCUGAAAGCAGCAGCCCGAAGAGAAAAGGCUGAAAAAGACUUAAGAGCAAAAUAACAUUCUUCCUUAGCAUCAGAAAUUCUGCAGCAGCAGGUAUACAUACGCCUAGUAGUGUGUAUUUGCUAACUGCAGAGUUUUUUGCAGUACAGAAUUUGACCUCUGAAGCUCUAACAUUUAAUAUCAUUUGCCUUUUAUAGACUUGAGUUAAUGAUUGUUUGGAAGAUAUAUGUAGAUGAAGAAGGAAAAGUUACACCAGUCUUGGAUCUCCUCCACAAAAUACCAAUGUCAGGUAUGCUUACACAGUACUGUAUAAAGUAUUUCUUUCCUUGUUCCAACCAUUUAAUUCCAGCUUCAUUCUCUCUCUGAAAGUCUUCUUGCUUUGCAUUCCUGAAAGUACAUCCUGCAAAACAUUCAUUGUCUUGAUAACAGUAUUCUUUUGGCAGCACUUAAAGACAAACUACACAAUACAUAUUAAUAACAAGAAUAAAGUCCUCGUUCGCUUUGUUUUAAAUAGAAAGCAACUUAUUUAGCCUUUUCUCUGCAAAGAAAAAGCAUAUUGGAGACAGACACACACACACACACACACACACACACACACACACACACACGCCCUUCCUGCUUCUCUGCCCCAAGCUGCAGCUUGCUGAGAUUAGCUCAGUUUAGUUUAAUGAAGCCCCCAAUGGGUUUAGUAUGUCACACUUGCAUAUAAUAUGUAGUUCAACAAAAUCCGCAUCUGUUUAUUAAAUGCCUACAAAGACUUUGCUGGCUAGUUCAGUUGGUAUGUGAUGUUCAGCUACUUUCCUCCUGCUUCUUGGCCCUUGUUAUUCCCUGUAGGCUAUCAGAUCAAAAUACAGCUGUGAUAGUAGUACGCAUGAAGCCUUGACUACUGCUUCAUUUGUGACUUUCUUGUUUAAGGGGAGUAAUCUCCACUGGAUCCACUAUAAUACUACACAGUUUAGGGAGGUAGUCCAAGAAGGAAAUUCUUUAAGCCACCAAAUAACCAGUUUACUUCUCUCAGUUUCAGUAUUUUCAACUGAGAAUGUAAGGCUGGGGACCUGAAACCCCUUUUGAAAGUCUGAUUUUUAGUAAAGAAUUGUAAAGGAUAAUUGUCCCAUUCAUUACCUAUCAACUUACAACUAAUGGGGGGGGGGGAGAUACUGGGUUGCAAGUUUUCAAUUCACUCAGUAUAGGCUCUCUUCAUCUUGCCAAACUUCCUACAUAAACAGAAAUUCAAGACCUACAGGGUUUAAUUACUUUCAACCAAUAGCUGAUAUUUUGUUUGAAUUGUCCCCAAAUUUAGAAAUGCUUGAAUAUUGGUAUUGAGUAGUGUGAACUAAACAUCAAGUUUGUUUGGCAUUUAUCCAGAAGAGCAAAAAUAUUAAUUAUAAAUCUCCUGUAUUGAAGGAGUGGAAUCUCUGUGACACAGAGACUAGCCAAUCUGACAAGAAAUUUCAGAGAUGGCAAAUAAUGAACACACAUUUCAAGAGUUUAUGGUUGCCCCUUAUUACAACUUGGCUAUGAAUAUUUGCAAUUUCCAUUAUACAUUUAUUAUUUUUAUAAAAAAGUAACUGACCUAAUUUUGCUUGUUUUAAGCAGCAGCCCGUUCAAGGAUCUAACCAAGUUAUGACCCCUUUUCAGGCUGGAUAGCUCUUGGGGGCUGCAUUUUAGCUGUGGGUGGAGUCAGACCCUAAAGCAAGAACACGCACCCACAGCCCAUGUAGGUUUCAUUCAUCCCCAUUGGAGUGAGGAAACGAUGGAAAAGAAGUGGGGGGGACAGGGAGAUCAUCUUUUCUCCACUCAAUUUCUUUAGACCUGCCGCUGAUUUUCAGCCACUACCAUUUUCUUUAGCCAGAUGCCCAAGAUUUCCUGUCUUCAACACCUCAUUUUCCUUUUUCUUCUGUGAAAAUUCUGGCAGUGUUGCUCUUUAGGCAGUUUGGCAAAGCCACAGAGGCAAUACAAAUUAUAAAUAUUAAAUGUUUGCAACAGUUGGCAAGUUAUAAUUAGAUAAUUAUGAUAUGGCAUGCAUCCUAUUAGUUAUCCGUUAGAUGCCCCCUACAUCGAUUUUGGACUGCAAACUUUACGCUGAAAAUCAUUAUCAGGAAAUUAAAAUUUAAACCAUCCUGCGGUAAUAUACAGAAGCCAGGGAUUGAUUCACCCUGUGAGGCUGCUAUGCAACUUCGUACGGCAUACCUAGUUCAUCUAUUUAUUAUCUUACACUCAAGCCACAUUCUUGAGUGUGGAGGCAAAGUGUCUUUAAAACUACCAAAGCUUAGAAUAGGACAAAGAUAUGUACAGUGAUAGACAUGCUAGAUGUUGAGAGCAGACUAUAUAUAUUUAGUGUACCUAUAGGCCUAUGCAGUUGGGGUAGAACUGAUAGUUCUAGUGUCCCCCCCCCCUUUCUUUAGGGAGCCUCCCUUCAAGAAAGUAUCCAAGCCACCAAACCAAAAUAUCCUUCCAAGCCCAUCUCCCAGUUUGCAAAGGGUAGCAUAACCAGCUUAAUCAAAAACUUCAGACUUCUAGGGAAAUAACAGGAAUGCACUCCCACCAUCUACCGCCCCUUAUAGGUAAUCCAGUAGGCAACUAAAAGUACAUAGCCAGGCUUAGUUUAUCCACACCUGAGAAACAGUACAAAUCCUAAUGACACAGAGGUAGAAAUGGGUUGUAUACUGCUAAUGUAAAAAAGUAUUUUCUUCCUAAAUACAGAUGAAUGCGUAAAUUCUGGACCUCAUUCAAAAUUGCAGUGCUAGACCAUUUCAAGUCAUUAUUAGUAUUUAAAGUGAAUUGUUAACUCCAUUUUUUUCCCUCUUACAGUGGUGGAAGCUAACAAGUUUGCAUCAGAUGCUCCAUACUGCUUCAGAAGUCUACUACAUGUGCUUGGAAUACAAGCAUGCAUUGAAACACUGAUCAAGUCACUUUGCAAUGAUAAAUAA